CAGGGAAGUCUGCGCUAUGAAAGCCGCGGUUGCUAGGUAGAUUCUAGUGUGGCCUGCAGGACGGCAAACAGUCAAUACAAGAUGGCGUCUCCGUCAACGCAACAACCGGAGCCGAACCUGUGCGAGUCCCCGGUCCCGGCAUCCAUGUUCUCCCCGGAGCCUGAAGCCGAGGACUCAGACUGCAGCCUGGACGGGGAGCCCAUGCGGAAUGGGGAGGCAGAUCUAGAUCUGACUUCUAAAGUAAGGCUCGGCAUGGGGGUCCUCCUCGCUCCCAGCCUGGCCGGCUGAGGGAAUGGGCUGGGGGACGUGUCACUCAGGACAGGGCGGGGAUGUGGGGCCCUCUAGCUGUCACCGCUCUGCGGGCACCGACAUGACGUGUCCCGGGCCGGCAUUCACCGUCCGCUAUGGCCUACAGUGCCCUGCUAUGGGUCUGUUACACGAUCACACGGGUGACGUGGGCUCCUGCCCAAUACAAACAUGGGGGCAGCUCAUUCAGCAGCCUUAAUAAUAUUACAUUACAUUACACUAUACUACAUUAUAUUACAUUACACUAUACUACAUUAUAUUACAUUACACUAUACUACAUUAUAUUACAUUACACUAUACUACAUUACACUAUACUACAUUAUAUAUUACCUGGCAGGAGAGGCCAUACAGCCUUACUACAUUAUAUUAUAUUGCAUUACCUGACAGGAGAGGCCAUACAGCCUUACUACAUUACCUGGCAGGAGAGUCCAUAUAAACAGAUACUGUAUAUUAACUAUCCUCCAACACCCAGCCUCCCAUUCAUUCAUACUCUGUAUUGAUCGGUCCGUGGGAGAGACAGGUGCCACUCCUAAAGUAUGGGACCCACUCAGCACUCUGUGUGUUAUCUAGUGCAGGACAUAUGGAUCAGAGUGAAAGGGAAGAAAAACACCCCAAACUCAGCUAUACUAUAUAUGAUCAUGUGGCACUCUGUAACUAAACUUGGCUCUUGGCCGGGCUGACGUAUAUGUUUGUAAUUUUCUGCAUUAAAAAUACCUCUUGUUUUAUAUUUAUAUGCUAUUAAGAAACAUUAGUUUGGUUUUAAAAAAAAACAAAAAAAAAACCUACAUUUAAAGAACUUCUUGUUUGGUUUUUCUGAUGAGAUGUAGCGUGUGGGGUGUUUUUUGUUUUUAAUGUAUGUGUGUUGCUUUUAUGUAAAAGCUUACUUUAUUUACUAAACUAACCUAGGAAUUUAUUUUCUUGUGUUUAUUUAAACGCUGGUCUGGCCUGAUUUGGAGUCCCAGCUGUUUUUAAUCGUGUUUACUAUAACAUAAAAGUAAAUUCAUUACUAAUAAUGCUAUAAACUCGUUUCUAUUGUGCCUCUUGCAUGAUCUAUCGAACUAAAUUAUUCUAGUAUGAUUCACCUUAAUCAAAAACAUGUUUGUGUUAAAUGAAUUGACCAAAGUGUGCAAUAUAUUCUCCACACUUUUUUUUUUUUUUUGUACUUGUAAUGACUUUCGUGUGUUUAAUGUGUAUAUUUAAAAAAUCUCUCUCCUCCGUCAGCAGACAAAUAGAUGUGACUUCAUUGCUUAUUGUUUUCUGUCUAUAAAAGCAUUCUGUGAGAGUGCGCUGUAGUGCCUGGCCAACAUUUACAUGUAACAUGGUGAAGGUAGCAAUAGAGCUGUUUCCAUGGGACUAUUCUCCUAUGGCCCUGACUAUCAGUUGUCCACUGGGGUCUUCUUCAAAAAAGACUUCAACUCUCUUCUCCAUUGCAGACAUUUGUAAAUGGUUUUUUAAUGACUCAGGGUUUUGGGAAUGUUCUAGGUAAGUUAACUGUGGAAUGCUGGAAUAAAGGCCAUAUUCUAAUGUGUAAUAAGAUUUUUAGUUUCUGAUGUGUUCUUGCACAUAAUUUUGUAGAAAAAGUUGUGUAUUUUCUAAAUCUCUGUGCCUUGAUUCUUAAUCAGAUUAUUAAAUGAUUGUCAGUUUUUUUUUUUUUUUGUUGUUGUUGUAUGUUGACUUCUAACAGCUGACGAAAUGUGUCUGUAACAUCUGAUCUAGUGGAUGAGUAACUUUUGUUAUUAGUCUGUAAUAUCAGUGGCUGGAACAAGUGGAUGCUAUGUGUGAUACACUUUUAUUCAGUGAAGGCCAAAUCUGUAGUUUCAUAUGUGGCCACUUAAACUUCUGGUUAAUCGUUAUUCUGAUAUACAGAUGCCUGCCCUCUACUGGGGGAUAGUGGAAUUGCCUAGUGAUCACCCAGUGGGUCUUAGUCCAGAUGUUAAGUAGCUAAAUUCAUGUGCUUUUUUUUUUUAUGUAUCAUAUACAUGGCAGAAUGGUAAUCUUUACACUGCCUUCCUUUUUGCUACUUGGCAGAUAUUUGCUGUAAAGAUUCAAUAUUGCAAGGAAAUAAAAAAAACCUAUCCUUGAGGACACUACUGCUCACCUGUCUGUAGCAAACAUGUCCCCCUUCAAGCUGCAGGUGUGUAAAAUGUGUUCUGCUUUAUGCAGUUACUUACCACCUCUUACUCCUGUUUUUAUCAUCAAAUGUAGCUGACCUUAGGUAAUCACAUUCACAAGCACCUUGAGAGGAAAUCUUUUCCAUUACAUAGUAUUACUGUAUGCAUCCUCCAGAAGAGAAAUGCAUAUAAAGGUGUCAUUUCAGGCAAAGGAAUCUUCUCUCUCAAUUCUGGAAUUUACAACUGGAUGUGACCCUUCUUCAUGAAACAAACUGGCAUCAGUGACUUGCACAUUGUGGAGGACCUUCCACCCCUCUAAGGGGGUGCAUGUAUCCAACAUCCUUUUUAUAAAUAAAUUUAACUUGUCGUUUUUUUUUUUUUGUUUUUUUUUUCUUCUACUUUUUAACAUUAUCAAAAACUAAAUGGUGCUUGAGUUUAUUUCCUGACAAAGGAUAAAAAGUCACUUAAAAAAAUAUAAAUUCUAAUAUUUGUUUACACCCUCUCUUCCUACCCUUCCCAUUCUCCCUUUCAAUGGCCUCCGCUGUACUAAAUGAAACUCAAAAGUACAUGUUCUAAAACAAUUAACAUAGGAAACAAAUUUUAAAAAAUGAGCAUAUUGUUUGAUAUCACAGUAGAAUUUACUAUAAUAAAUAUGGCUUUUUUUUUUUUUUUUUUUCAUGUCCAUUAAUUUCGGUGUAGAAAGGCAGACUUAAUGGACAGGUGAAUCUCUAUUUUACUGAAGAGGAAAAGGUCAAGUGUAUAAGAUUUCAGCUGAUGAAAUGUCUCUAACUUCUUGAGCGAGUAACUUGUUUAUGCCUUGUAAUAAUAUGGGUGGGACACAAAAUGCAUUUCAUGCUGUAUGUCUCAUCUUUUGUCUAGUAUAGCUAAUCUAGGUCUUAUAUUUGCUUCUAUGUUUUAGUUCGCUCGCUCGCACUCUCGCUCCCUAAAGUGCUCAUUUUUAAGAAUACAAGUCCAUUAGAAAUAUACCUGUUCCAGUACAGAUUAGGAACAUUUCACACAACCUCCUGGAUAUAUUUAUUUUUUAUUUUAUAUGUACUUAUACUGACUAUCCUAAAUCUACAACACGAGCUGAGGGUUUCCUAAUAAAAAAUAAAAUGGCAGGUGCGGGAGGAACCAUUUCAACCAUAAAACAUGUCUAAUAGGUACAUGUAUAACAUUUAUGUAAUAUCCAAAUGGCACAACAUGAGCAACUGGGAUUGGUAAAGGUUGAGUACUAUCAAUACAUGCAUUUGUUACUGGUGUAUGCAGCAGAAUCAUUGUCAUCCAUGUUGCCUAUUCAAAUGCACCAGCACUAGAAAAUGUAUUAUGUUUAUCAGUAGUUCCCAAACAAGUCUUCAUUGACCCAGCUUUUAUCAGUAUCUCCAUAUGUGCGGUGGUUGCUAUGGAAACCCCCUAGCUGGCACUUCAAGCACUGGCUAUAGAGUAUAGAAAAAGAGUGACAUAAUAUCACUCUAUUUUGGCAAUGAAGCCAGUGUGCCGAGGUUUGCUUCAUGAUGCGUCUCCAAGCAGAGAAAGUCAAAGAACGGAGAUGGUGUGGGGACAGCCAAGAGGUGGCAGUUACGUGAGGUGAUGCCCACAAAUCUUUACGAUGAUGCUGGAAUUCAGAGCGAUGAUUAAAUCUCAAUUUUACAUUGAAUACAUCCCUUAUUUUUGUGAUACAUCAGCAGUUCCCAAACUGUGUGCCGCAGUGCCGUGACAGGCACACAGGUGCUACAGAAUGGUUCCCCGGGGCUAUGAUUAUAGCACCGGGAAACAUUACUGCUGAACACAGGCCUGGUCUGGUUAUACAGUCCUUUUUUAAGACCGCAACUGGGCCCAUGUAAUGUUGGCCUGGCUGGGAGGAAGGGACAGGCUGUCACUUCCUCCCAGCAUCAUACAGAGCGACAGCGUGUGAGGGAGAGGAGCACUCCAAGAGCUGCUCCCGACCCCUCACUCUCACAAGAAGGACCAGGACUCCAAGCCAUCCUCAUGGACACAUAAGGUAACAGAGGAGAGAGAGAGAGAGAGUGUGUGUGUAUAUAUAUUCAGUGUGCUUUUGUGUCUGUGUGGGGUGUUUUUUUUUGUUUUGUUUUUUUUGGGGGGGGGAAUGGGGGAAUUUCCAUUCUCAGGUGUGUAUCUAUAUGUAUGGGUUGGUGUCUAUGAACUUGUGUGUAAGUAUGUAUGUGCAUACAUUCAAGCAGUCAUACAACAGCACAACAUACGAAUACACUCCUGCAAUCUAACACAAAAAUUACAUACAAACACACCUCUGCAUUCAAACUCCAAAAGGAUAUACAAACACGCCCCUUCACUCAAACACAAAUGUACAUCUGCAUUUAAAAGUGAACAUUACAUACAAGCACCCCUUCAAACAUCAACACUGAACAUUACACUAUUGCGCCAGUAAAUUUGGUAGAGCUGCCCAGAUCUAUAACCUAGAACUUUUUACUUGGGGUGCCUUGGAAAAAUAUUUGAAAUAUUAAGGGUGCCUUGAACCUAAAAAGUUUGGGAACCACUGUGAUCGAUGAGGUGUGGCAGUAAGUCCAGGUGUGUGUGGUUGUGUGUGUUUUUUUUUUUUUUCGUCCCUUCCUCCUAUCACAAAAUUAAAUAAUGAAAUGGUUCAGUUUUACCCAUGUCAGAAUAAAGGAAAACAAGCCAUUCAUAAAGUGGAUAAUAUGUCUCUUUGUAUAAAACUAACACCAUGUAUGUACAAAAUAAUGACUUUCCACACCCAAUGUGAUAACUAAUUAUUCUAUCUAAAUCCAAGGCUCACUAGCAACACAAACAAUGGUCAAUGGAAAAACCUACUUGGUGAGCAGGCACUAAUCAGGUUUUAUUGUGUAGCUGCCUAUGGGGUCAAAGUUGCAAUUAAACUACAGAGCUAGUGAAAAUAGACUGUCAAUGGAAGACUAAAGUAAGCUAAAACACACACAGAGGUGGCCGUCUGGCCAUUAUUCUUCGUGUGUGUGUGAGAGAGCUCUAUAAAUGGGAGAACUCACCUGUUCUCACUAUAUUUGUAGUGGAUAGUACAGAGAACAGAAAACCAACAAUAAAAAGUCAAAUAAAUCCAUAAAUGGUUGGUUUCCAAUAGCCUAUAUAAUUAUCUAUUGGAGAAACAAAAGUUAAAUGAAAAAAAUUAUUGGUUAUCCCUUUGGGUGUGGGAGGGGUCAUUACUUUGCACAUACAUUGUUUUACAUAAUAAUAAUACCUUUUAUUUACAGAGUAGGAUUAGCCACUUUUUUCUUUUCUUAUUUCUUUCUACAGCAUUUACCAUAAUUUUGGCAUUAACACCUAUCCUCAAUUUGGACUGUGUAAUUUUCAUCUCCUAAUUUCAAGUUAAGUUUAAUAGAUACAAUAUGAAUAGAAUUUCAUAUGGAGAGAACAGUGAUAAAUAUGAUCUAACACAGUAGUACCCACCACAAUAGCUAUAACUAAUAAUAUUGAUCUAAUAAAUACAUCAGAGCUCUUCAGAUUACACAGAUACAGUGGUUUGCAGUCAGCAAAAUCCAUCUAAACAUGUUAUGUUUGAACCAUCAAUGCAUAUUGGGCAUUUGAUGUAGACUAUCCUUCCUAACUGGUAACUUGGAAUUGGACCUCUGUUACUGUUUUGUAGUCAACAGUAGCAGUAACUUGGCUGAAGAUUAAGUUAGACAAAUCUACAAAGACUUUGUUAGACUGGUAAUCCAUAAUAAUCUUUAACUUUUAUUGUCAAUGCUGAGCUUGUCUCUGCACACCCUUGCUUUGUGUGCACAACCCAAGCUUCUGGAUGCCAUAGUUCUGCUCUGAGCUUUCUAUAUGAACAGCAACCGUCUGAUACCUUGUCUGUGCUCUCUAUACAAUACGUCAGUUAAACCUGUAUUAUUGUAGACAGAGGCAAACACUGCAGAUUGGGAGGACGGGGGCGGAUGGGUGAAAUUAUGGAGCAAAAUUAAACUCCUCAAGCAUAACUAACUGGGGCUUUAUAUGUUACGCUUCCAACCACCAUCUCUAAUGAAUUUAUGGGAUAAUAUAUUAACAAGAUAAAACAGAUCUACUCCCUUAUAGAGUUGCCUAGUUUUCUGCUGCUUUUGCGAGAGACUGGAAUAGAUUUUCCAGCCGUUUCCCAGUUCUUUGUCUUCAUUGAAAGUGUUGGACAUAUCCAUACAUGUGGUGGGGAGAGGGGGGACCACUUACAAUCAGGUGUAUGGCUGGUGUGCAUGCAUUUUCAUAGAAGGCUCCUACAGUUAAAAGUCUUGGUACAUAAUUUCUGUGCAAGAAAAAUAUGGAGACAUGCUGGUAUUUACCCUCUGAAGUGCGUACUUGUAGUCUAAUCUGUAAACUAUCACACUGAAAUGUAUGGUUCUUGUAUGAAUGUAAAAUUACACCUUUUAUUUCACAAGGCUUUUUUUUUUUUUUUUUUUUCAUCCAACUUAAAUAAAUUUGUAUUUAAAAUAGAUUUCCUAUUUCCUAUUAUGACACAAGCAAAGCAAAACUUUGCUCACCUGCAGGAUUUAUAUGUAGAAGUAUGAUUUUAUAGGUACUUUUUAAGUAGGGAAUAACAUGGUCCUAAAAAUACUGUUUUUUAUUCAUUUGUUUUUCUGCAUUUAAGGUACAGAUUAUCAACUUGCUGUUAGAUUGGCCUUCUUCUGUAAUUCUUGAUGUCUUCUUUUGCAGCAUGUCUUGGUAAGUCCCAGUGCGGAGCAAUAUGACAGCCUCCUACAGCAGCUGCGAGAUAGGAUGGAUGAAGGCAGAGGGGAAACCAUAUAUGUCAUCGGACAAGGAUCUGGUAAGUUUAUUUCACAUUGUAGGGGUGUGUGUGUGUUAAAAUUGGUUUGAGAAAAAGCAGAACAUUUGCACUAUAAUAGCUGCCAUAUGAAUUGGCAGGUGUGGCUUCAUUUCAACUUAAUACUCUGUAUAUCCUGAAAAUACAUUUAUCGAAAAGAUUUUAUUAACUGGGGUAGUACUUAGUGGUGGUUGGUGACAUUUUUAAGAUGGUGGGGUGCCAGACUUCUCCUCCAGAAUUUUAUUCCUCCCGAUACAGUACAGAGAUACUCCUACAAUACAGAGAUGCUCAUGCAAUUAAACACGUUGGGCACAACAUAAAGAUCUCUAUAAAAUACAUAGAGUGGAGUACAAUACAGAGAAAACCAUAUCGCAAACAGAUCUGAAAAAAAAACAGUUUGGGCACAAUACAAAGAUACAUGUAUAAUACACAGAGCUGGCUAGACAUCAGAGAUACCAGGACAACAGUAGAGCUGAGUAAAAUUCAAAGAAAUGACACACAGAGCUGGACACAAUAAGGAGACACUCCUAACUAUGCCUCACAGCCAGGAUUACACAGUUCUGCAAUACAGAGAUACCCACACAGUACAUGUGAAGAUAUCUUAUCUCACGCUAUCUUCCUAGCCUUCUCUUUGCCCUCCCUUACAUGAUCUCCUCUUCAGUAAUGCCCCUGCUAUGAUAAACUUGGAUUUCUAUUAAAUAUUACUGCAGUUAUGAAACAUAUUGGCUACUCCAUUAGCUCGCAGCGUACAGGGUUAAAGCCACAAUAUACUUAUAGACUCCUUAUUACCUUUGCAGCUGGCUAUAUAAUUAAUCUACAUUGGUAAUAUGGAGCCAUGAAGUAGCUGAGAUGGUUAACUGAAUCAACAGUUAUUACAGAUUGGAAUCAGAUCAGCCUCAGUCCUGCAGUUAAAGCUUCACAACUUUUCAACUAGCCACAGUAUGAGUGUCCCAGGUCUCGGCUGUAGAGUGAUUGAGUACUGAUGGUGGGUCUGUGCAGUGGGAUUUAUUAAAACACUGUGCUCUGUGUCAGAAAUGUCCCCCUCCUAGUCACCCUUUCACGUACCUAGUUUCAGUCCUCAGGCAGUUACUGGGGCUAUUAGGGGAGAGAAAAGUAAUAAAUAUAUUCUAUAUUACAUUUGGUAGAUACCAGGCGCUACUGCGGCUUUUCUCCUAUGUUAUGACUAUGAUUGUGUAUUUAUAUUUACAAGUGCUACGUUUUCACUUGUGAGUGGAAAUUAUGAUCCAUAAUCUCCCCCCUCCCCCCCCCACCUCCCCUCGUCCCUAUUAAAACCCAUUUGAGCCCACACCUAUACAACCUGUCAAAGGGUAAUAUAUUUUAAGUCAUACCUUACACUCACAAUCAUGUGGCUAUAUUGAAGAAUGAGUCAUGAUGCUAUUUAGGCCGGAUAAUUAGAUUGGUUGAAAUAAUAUUUUAAAUGACUUUUGCAAUGUAGGAAAAUGUUUAAUAUUGUUCAUUAAAUAGCUUUACAAAUCCAUGUUUGCAUCAUGCUUACGUUUCUGUACUUUGCCAUUUUGCUGGACUGUCAUUUGCAAAUAUUGGUACAAAUUUGCAUCUUAAAACUGUUUUACAUUUUUUUGUCUUGUCCGCAGCAUAAUGACGGGGGGAAAAAUGCCAGCUGCACUCACGCUCUUUCAGAAUGAUGCUUCAGGCGUGCUUUAGAGCAGGGGGCUCAAAAUGUAGAUCUCCAGAUUUUAGAACUGCAAAUCCCUUGAUGCUUUGCCAGUCUUUAGAAUGGCAAAACAUAAUGAGAUUUUCAGUUUUACAACAUCUGUAAAUUUUUCUUCAAGCACACCCUGCCCUAAUGUAUUUCAUGGGCUUCCUGACCAGUAGGGAGUAACAAUCUUUUUAUAGUUCAACAGUUUUACUGUCUAGAUUAAAGGAAUACUCUAGCAUUCCGAAUGUGUGGUUUUGUAAUUUUGUUGUUUGUUUUUUUUAUUUUUUUAUUUUUUCAAACAAACCUUUGCAGUUCAGGCCACUUGAAGGACUUUUUACCAAUAGACUGUUUCUAAUUAAGAAGCCUUGGGAUGCAGAGAGCAUGCACGGCAAUUGCCAUGCUGAUCCUGCAAUGCCUUGAAUCCAAGGCUUCUCUAUUAGAAGUAUUGCUUUUCUGCUGGAGCAGAAAUUGAUUACGAAGAUCAUCCUCCAGGCUGUCUGAGAGGUGAGAGAGUGAUAUAUUGAUAAGGUAUGAAAUAAGAGGUGCUCUUUUAACUCCAAAAGAACUUCAGUGAGUUCCUUCUAAUGUGCCCGUAUAGCAGGCUUCUUAAAACUCCGGCCCUCCCGAUGUUGCUGAACUAACUCCCAUGAUUCUAUGAAUGAAGUAAAAUAGGCUGAGAAUCAUGGGAGUUGUAGUUCAACAACAUCUGGAGGGCUGGAGUUUGGGGAAGCCUGCCAAAUAGUAUGUGUAACUUAAAGGUACACUAUAGUCACCAAACCAAAUUUAGCUUAACCCCGUCCCGCAGUCGCGGGGUUAACGCUCAACUGGUCUGCCUCGGUAUCCGUGGCAGACUGGGAGCACCGGAGGACAUGGGCUGCAGGGACUCACGAUCAGCCUCCCUGCGCUUCUGGGUUCACUGUGAAGUGCAGGGAGAUGGGUCAGUGCUGAUCCUCUUCUCCCUGUAAAAAAAUUUAUAAAGAAUUUAAAUAAUGAUAAAUCCCACACACCCCCCUUUCCCCUGCUUUAAUAAAAUUAACCCCUUCCCUGCCAAUUGAUCAGUGACUAGAGUGAUCAAUUGGCAGGGAUUACAUUUUACUGUCAUCUGAGGUUAAAUUUAUUUUAUUAAGGGGUUAAAUUUAUUUUAUUAAUUUUAAAUAUUUAGAAAUUAUAUAUUUAGCUAGCUUGGAUAGGUUGAGGUUAGUGGGGAAUUGGGGGGUUUGGUGUUAGGCUAACUAGGGGUUAACGUUAAAGUUUUAAAAUAAGCUUUAAAAAGUCGUUUUUUGGGGGGUUUUUUUGUAACGUUUAAGUUAAAAAAAAAUACCACCCCCCCUGUUUGCCCAGUCCAAAUAAAAAUUAACCCCUUCCCUGGCAGUUGAUCACUGCCUACAGUGAUCAAAAUACAGAUCACAGUAUUAUACUGUGAUCUAACCUUUUUUUUUUUUUUUUUUUUUUUUUAACCCCUGAGGAUGAACUUUUAUUCAUUUUUUUUUUUUUUUAAACCCUCCGGGGUUCAAUUUAAUUUAAAUAUUUUAUAAUUAUAUAUUUUGCUAGCUGGGGUGGGUGGGAGUUAUGGGAAAGUGGGGCAUUUACUGUUAGUGCUGCUUACUGCUAGUUAGGGGUUAACGGUAAAGGAAAAGUUUCUAAAAAAUUUUUAAGUGUAAAAAAAGUUAAGAAAGUUUAAAACAUUUAAAGGACCACUAUAGUGCCCUGAGGUUGCCCCCACCCUCUGGGCCCCCCUCCCGUCGGGCUCUAGGGUGAGGAAGGAGUUAAAAUCUUACCUUUUUCCAGCACCGGGCUCCCUCGGCGCUGGGGAUUCUCCUCCUCUUUCUGCCGCCACCGACUGAAUGCGCAUGCGCGGCAAGAGCAUGAGACAGCCACUAGAGGCUGGAUUAACCCAUUUGUAAACAUAGCAGUUUCUCUGACACUGCUAUGUUUACAGCAAAAAGGGUUAAUCCUAGAGGGACCUGGCACCCAGACCACUUCAUUAAGCUGAAAUGGUCUGGGUGCCUAUAGUGGUCCUUUAAUAAGUAUAAAAAAAAAAAAAUUCAAAACAAGUUUUACAAAGUAAAAAAAUGCAUAAAAAAAUGCUCAUUACCACUACACUUGGAACAUACUAGCGAAAAAAUGAUCCCACACUAAUGUUCACAAUAUGCCUUUUGAAUUACCCCGUGGUGUAUUCUUUAAUAAAUAGUAUGUGUUUGUGGGGGAGUUUGAAUAACCAGCCAUCUAAUCUACUCCAAAAUGGAACAUGGACACAGCGUAAAACUUCAAAGUUAGAAAAAAAACUGGCUGCAUCUCAAAUGUGCCCUGUCAACAUCCACAUAUACCUGGCAAAGGUACAUACGGGGGUAUUGCUGUACUUGGCUGACAUAGCUGAGCAACAUAUGAAGUAUUAUACAGUCGUAGCACACAUAAGGUUUGCAAAAUAUAAACUCACUUUGUGUGUCAAAAAGGCAGAAAAAAAUGCUUAUUACCACUACACUUGGUACAAGCUAGCAGAAAAAUUAUCCCACGCUAAGGUUCAAAAUAUGCCUUUUAAAUUGCCCUGGGAUGUCUUUUUGAAAGAAAUGGUAUGCCUUUAUGGUGUAGUUGUAAUAUGUAGCCUGCUCAAGUGCUCUAAAGUGGGACAUGGACGCAUCAAAACCCUCCAUGAAAAUUCACACUUAAAAACCUGAACUUGUCACGUCUCUUUUACAGCAGUGUAACGUCACAAAAUAGUGUCUAGGUCAUACAUUUGGGCAUAUUGUUUUACACAGAAGAUGUAACUGAGCAUAAUUUGUGGAUUUUUAUGACAGUGGUACAUAUCAAAUGCAAGAUCUACUCAGCAAAAAUGCAACAUAUAUGUAAAAAUUCAAUUUUUCCUCCCUCACCCCAAACCUUGACAUAAAUUGGCGAACAAAUGGUGACAAGUUAAGGCACAAUAUACACCAUAAUAGAUACCCUGGGGUGUCUGCUUUAUCAAAUGAAAGCCCUUUGUGGGGUUAUUUGAACAGCCACACUGCUAUAAUACCCUAAAAUGAGAUAUAGGCCCGUCAAAUCCAUCUUGGAAAAUUCUAACUAUAGAAACUGUAAUAGCCUUGUCUCUUAUAUGGCAUUGUAGCUUUACAGAAAAGUGCCAAAGGUAUACAAUGGGGGUAUCGUGAUACUCAGCAGAUGUAGCUGAACACCAUAUGGGGUUCUGUGCAGGAAUAGCACACAGCUUUAGGAAAUACACAUUACAAAAACUUUGUUAUAUUUGAAUAUGCCAAAAUAGAGAAAAAAAACACAAUUUUACUCCAAUAUUUAGCAGAGAUUGACGAUGAAAUGGUUACGUAAAAAGUGUCAAACUAACCUUAGGUAAAUAGCCUGUGAUGUCUACUUUAUAUAAAAAAAAAAUUUUUCUGUGGUGGCUACUAAACCUACAAGACAAACAAACAUACCAACUUCUAAAAUUUUAUUUUAGUCCUUAUAUUAUGGGACCUGUGACUUUCAAAAUAAGCUGAAAUCCUAUACAUAUUAUGUAUUCUAUAAAUCAAGACACGUAAAUGAAUUUAUUUUGAAUUACUUUUUAUAAACUGGACAUAUUAUGCAAACGCUAUUAUUGCCAAAACUGUGGAAAAAAAUUUUUUCAUUUUUUUUUUCCAUUUUGUGGCGCUUUUUUUUUUUAUAAUUAAUGAGAAUAUAUCUAUGUAUAUGUGACAUAAAAUUAAAGCCUUGUUUGUCCUCUGAAAAAAUGGUAUAUAAUAUGUGUUGGUGCAAUAAAUGACAGAGAUGCAAAUUGCGUUUGAACACACACAGCAAAAAAUGCAAAAAUGGCUUGUGUCCUUAAGGGUAAGACAAGCUUUUGAAGCUGUGUCCUUAAGAGGCUAAUGAAGCAAUUUUGGUGUAUAGAUCAUGCCCCUGCAGUCUCAGUGCUCAAUUCUCUGCCAUUUAGAAGUUAAAUCACUUUAUUUAUGCAGCCCUAGUCAUACCUUCCUGCAUAUGACUUACAAAGCCUUUCUAAACACUUCCUGUAAAGAGUCAUCUACUGUCUUCUCUUCCUUUAUUGCAGAUACUGUUUAAUUUAGAUUUUCUUUAUAUCCUGCUCUGUUAAUAGCUUGCUGGACCCUGCAGUAGCCUCCUGUAUAAGUAAUUAAAGUUCAAUUUACAGAGUAGAGUAGUAGAGAUGCAAAUUACACCUGCUUGAACAUGAAACCUGCUUUAGUGCAGGCUGUGUCCGUCACAUCCAUAUGUGGUGGGGCUAUGAAAUAAUAUCACCAGUAUGGAAAAGGACUUUUUUGAUUAUUUUAAGCUAUUAUCAAAUGUUGUAAUUUCAAAAUCACUAAGUGCUGCUCUACUCCAUCUAAAACUCCCUCCUUUGCAAAAAAUGUAUUUCUCUUUUAUACAUUGUAUGAGCGCAACAAAAAUUGUAAUGGCCAGAAAUUGAAAAUCUUCAGAAUCCCCAUCUUGGCCCUAGUUUAGAAAACUACUUAAUUUCCAGUUGAUAAUGGAAAGAAUGUUAAAGGGAUCCUAUAGUGAGUUAAUAGGUGUGUGUGUGUGUGUUCCCUCCCGCACGGUUUAAGGGAUUAAAAACCCCUUCAGCCACUUACCUGAAUCCAGCGCCAGUGUCCCUCGAUGCUGGGUCAGGCUACGCCCACGCUCCUCUCCUGUCGACGUCAGCCGGCGGGGCAGACCUAAUGCUCGGCAAUGGCCUCGCUCGUUAGACCUCCCCGUAGGAAAGCAUUGCUCAAAGUUAGUCUCUGACUUAAAAUGCAUCUAGGGCAUGUGCUUUUCUAAAAUUUGCUUAAAUAAGUACAUGAAGCAUGUAACUAAUUUUGAAUGUAUUAUUUUAAGUUAAAUUUUUUUUAUUUUUUACAGAUGGUACAGAAUAUGGACUUAAUGAGGCAGACAUGGAUGCAUCGGUUGCUACAGUAACCAGUAUGGCAGAGCAGAUUGGUGCUGACAUGAUCCAGCUGCGAGAGCACCAAGAGGCUGGAGGCAAAGUACAGGACUACCUGGUGCGCAAGAGGGUCGGUGAUAAUGACUUCCUGGAAGUCCGGUAAGAACACUUCUUGCGAAGCAGCAUGAAUUUCUCCGUGUAAACUUCCUUGUCUCUGCUGACAGAUCACAGCUUUUCAUAACAGAUCUGUUCUACAUGCUUUAAUCCUCAAUCGUUACAGUGCCGUAUCCAUUAGUGCUUAUCCUAAGCAGAUUUUGUUAGUGGUCCAACAUAGAAACAAUCGAAGCAAUCUGUAUAACAACCACAGCCUUAUGUUUAAGUUGAAUACCUGUGUGUUCCCAUGCUGAUGUAAUGAUACGGCUGUAAUAGAUACCUUAGCUGUUACAAUGCUGGACCACUCCCGAAACCAUUCGAAACACAGAUCCCUAAUUCAUUUAGCAGCUGUGUUUUCCCUAGCUUAUAAAGCCAUACAUAAAUUGUGUUUAUUUUGAAUUAAAAAUGUUGACACUAAAUCAGUCCAAUUUAUCCAAGAGGUCCAAAUUGGACAUUUGAGUGUAUAUUUUGUACCUUGAUGCUGUGUCUCAAGCUAAUAAAUGGUACUAAACUAACAUCCACUCACAGGUCACAUUCUAAUAAAUCCUUCUAAGCGUCUAGCAGGAUUUACCUUAACUUUGAUUUUGGGCUUCAAAGAAUUAUGAAAAAGUAUUCCGUUCGGGUUUUGGCCUCUGAAAUUUCCAGUGUAGGAAGUGUUUAGUUAUUCGCCAAUGUGUGAACUAUCAGGAGUUCAAUGGUUCUGUGCUUUUCUCACAUUUGAGGCCACAAUAGACACAUUUGAAAUAUUCUUAGUUAUGUUUUUGGUUUUUCUAUUUUAGCCUAAAAUUUGAAAUUCAUGUUGAAUUCCUGACAAUUCACUCCUUAGUUAAGAGGUAUUAUAAUUAAAGGUUUACUCCAACUGAAUUGAAGUAAUCAAGGUGGUAGGUGUAUGUAUUUACAGUGGUUUGGUUUGAAACACUGCACGUAAGAAGAUAUUUUUAAUUGUGUGCUGGGGAAAGUUGCACCCGUGACAACUCUAUUCUGGGCCUCAAAUGUCAAUUCUUUGCAUUAUAAAAAAAUAAAAAAAAAUCUUUCUUCAGUGUGCUGUCAACAGAAGUGUUAAUCUAUUCCCUCCCAGUCACUGGGUGCUUCUUCCAUUGCACACUUUUUAAAUUUUUUAUUUUGUUUUAUAAAUAAAAGCCCCCACCCACCAAUCCAUGCGUUCUGAGCCGGUAAAAAUAUCCAAUCUUGGGCUUAUCUAUGAGAGUCCAGUGAUUGGACUGCACAAAGCACAUGUAACGUCAGACGGCGUAGCAGUCAUUGCCAGGAACUUGAUUCAAGGUAAGUAAAACUCCUUCUUUUGUAGCCUAUUCUGCUAGUGGGAGGGGUAAGGGGCUUUUUGCAUAGUGCCAAAUAGAGCUUUUUACACCAAAAAAGGACUGUCCGUCCCAUCCCGUCACCCCACUCACCUAAGGAUGGGAGUAGUCUUUUAAGAAAUCUAAUAGUACAGGUGUGCCCUUUCUGAAAUAAUCUUCUAUACAAAGGCAAAUGUAAAUACUGUCAUAAAGGCUGACUGCCAAGGCACGAGGCAGUGUCUGUAUUUGAAAAUGUAAAUGUAUUUGAAUUUAAAGAUAAGUUAAAAAAGCAACACAUACUGUAAAAUGUUAUAUAUCAGGAAGCACACUAUUGUAAUAAUGGAGCCCUGAGCAGUGCAUCAUAAUUUUAUAGCAGACAGUGAUGAAAGACUGUGGAGAUGCUGCUUCCUGUACACAAACUUACUUAAAUUAUGGCACUCGUGUUUUUAUGACAAAAUCGUGGCUUCUUGCCUUCAGACAAGAAUAUUUUUACUAUGAAAAUAGUGAGAUUUCAAUUUAGAACAAAAUUUCUCUCUCAUGUUUGGCUGUGUUGCAAACCUGCUACUUACAAAACAAAAUGUUAAUCUCCAUUUUUAUUAUUUUUUUCUAUUUAUCCUCCUACCCCCUUCUCUAGAGUUGCAGUUGUUGGCAAUGUGGACGCAGGGAAGAGCACGCUGCUAGGUGUCCUGACCCAUGGAGAGUUGGACAAUGGACGUGGCUUUGCUAGACAAAAACUCUUCCGUCAUAAGCAUGAGAUUGAAUCAGGUCGCACCAGUAGUGUAGGAAAUGACAUCCUUGGUUUUGACAGCCAUGGUCAAGUGGUUAAUAAGCCUGACAGCCACGGAGGAAGUUUGGAGUGGACCAAGAUCUGUGAGAAGUCAUCUAAAAUUAUCACUUUUAUUGACUUGGCUGGCCAUGAGAAAUACCUGAAGACCACAGUGUUUGGAAUGACCGGCCACCUGCCUGACUUCUGCAUGCUUAUGGUGAGAUGUGGUGUUGUGCCGUGUCUGCACAUAAGCGAUUAUUUUUGUUUAUUACAUAAUUGGAACAAAGUAAGGAAUGUGCACAAUUUAGUUGGGAAUUAAACCUCAACAUUUCCAGGGAGCAUGCAGCCUUGAUUCAUGCUUGCAGCAACUAGAACGGUGAGAUCGAUCAACUGACACUGCAGAACUAAGCUCAGGAAAUUUCAGCUCUACAGUUUUCGUAGUGAAGGUGGAGAGCAGUGCGCAGCGGACCCCAGAUAAGAAGCCAAAAAAGUUUGACUACUUACAAUGAGGAGAGGAGCCAGGGCACUCCUUGCACCAUAACCACAACAACUAGUGGUUAUGGUGCUAAGAGUGUUCCUUAAUUGGUGUUUCAAUCCAAAAUGUGCACACAUAGCUUUUGUUUAUAUUUCACAUACAAAAACAGGUUGUUUUUUUUUUGUUUUGUUUUUAACGUAUCACCUUUGAACAUAUAUACUGGUCAAUCAUCCAGUUUCCAGUGGACGGUGUUCUAAGUGAUCAAAUCACUAAUCAAACACUUCCACUUAAGAUUUGAAAUUAUUCUAUGAAAGAUCUUUGCCAUUUUGUUUAAUAGAAAAUGUAAAAAUAGACUGUAAUCUAAGAAACAAUUGCAGGAUAGUGCCAAUAAAAUAAUGUUCUGACAAAAGUUGCAAAAUACUAUAAUAUAUAAGGGUUUUCCUUUUCUUUUCUAGGUGGGCAGCAAUGCUGGUAUAGUGGGAAUGACCAAGGAACAUCUGGGCCUAGCACUGGCACUAAAUGUUCCUGUCUUUGUUGUUGUAACAAAAAUAGAUAUGUGUCCAGCGAAUAUACUGCAAGGUGAGCUGCUGCAUAGAGACCUGCUCAAUUAUAUUUUUUGUUUUGUUUUUCCAAUUCUUUAAUUUAAAUUUGACUUAUUUCAGUAGAAGUUAUGUUUAAGAAGUAUUUUGGAUUGAUGGAAUUGUUCCAUGAACCAUCUGGUCCAUUAACAAAUGUCUUGGCUGCAAGUGACCUGCAAAUAUGCCAUAUUAUUUUAAAGGUAAAACAAUGUAUUUAUUUGAUGAGCUAAGGACCUUGCAGGCAAAGGUGUUGCUACACUUGGCAAUCUGUUUUUCUGUAGUUAAUAUUUCUGUGCCAAUAAUUGCCAAUGGCAUUGAGAUAAAAAGUUCCAAUAUGGCCACGAUGGAGCACGUACAUUUAUUUUUACCCUUCCCAAGUACUUGAUCAUUAUACGUUCCCAAAAAAGGGGUACCUUUGGAAGACAGGUGUUCUCUCACAUUGGAGGAGGCAGUGGCACAAAAAUUGAUACAAGCAUUACUUGUGUUUGUUCCAACAUUAACCUAAAAAAAAGCUAAAAAAGUGUAAAUAAAUAAAUUUUACUUAUAAAUUCAUUUUACUCCAUAUAUCUAUCUGAAUUGAAAACAAAUUUAAUUGCAGAUAAAUAAAGUAUUCCUCUUGGGUUUUUUCAUCUGCAGAAACAUUAAAGCUGUUGCAGAGGCUGCUGAAAUCUCCAGGUUGUAGGAAAAUCCCAGUAUUGGUACAGAAUAAAGAUGACGUGAUUGUCACUGCUUCCAACUUUAGUUCUGAGAGGUAUUUGGAAUCUCUUUCUUGCCACUUAACUUCUUUCCAGCUCUUGAUAUCCUGUGCUGUAAUAAUUAUGUGGGCUUUAAUGCUCCUUACAUCUACUUUUCUCAUGCUGGACUGAUUUGUUUCCUCUUGUGAAACGCCAACCCACUAAAACACUUUUCCCCGCAUAGUCAAACUCUCCUAGUCUGUCUUCCUUUAAACUUUUCCUAAAGACAUUUUUGUUCAGGAAAGUGUAACACUCAACUCUGUAAUGCAGUUCCACUUACCCAAUAAAUGCCCUCUUGUCCUAUUAACAUCAACCUAUCUAACUUGCUGAGUGUAAGCCAAUUAAUUUAAAACAAUAUGAAACUCUCAGCUCCUCACUUUUAAAAUGGUUUUAUGUUACAGAUCACUACUAAAGACGGUAAAACUUUAACUCAAAUUUCUGUACCAUGUGGCACUAACAUUUCUGACUUAUUCUUCACUGCUCUCUUGCUGUUUUUGAAACCAUUACUAAAUGUGCCAACCAAAAGGUAUGCAACAAGGUCCUCAUUCAGUGUAAUCACAGGACAUCAAGGCUGCAGAAUAGCUAUUAUUGUCAUGUCAUUAUUGGCAAACCAUUUUGACCCGGUGUCCAGUUGCUAAUGUUGCAUUAUUUAAAAAGUCCCUUUCUAACACCUACUUCUUUUGUAUGGUUUUUAGCAAUACUCCUUAAUUAAUUUUGAGUGUAUUUUUUUUUUAGAGCCGUAUAUUAAUUACAAUUAUCUUAUGUAGCACUGACAUGUUCUGUAGCGCUGUGCAAUAGGUAAAUUGGAUAAACAAUGAAUAUUAAUUAAACAUGUAAGAUGUAUGGGAACAGUAGGCGAAGAGGGUCCUGCCCAAACAACCUUACAAUUAUGGACUUUUGCUUUGUCCCUUGUGAUCUCCAGUAUUAUAACAAAGUUGGGCAACUGUGGCACAAAUGCAAUAAAUAUGGUAGAAACAUGUAUCUACCUGCCUUUUAUAACGGAUUGGCCAUACAAAUAACUACUAAAGUCAGCAUUGAAAUAAAUUGUUUCUAUACAGUUACCUAAUGUGCAGGUAAUGUUUUCUUGCCUGCAAAGUUAUACAUUGUCAUUUAACAAACUUAUUUUACGGAUGACAUUCUAAAUCUGUAGUAAUCUGUUGCUUACAAUAAUCUUAAUGUCGAGAGAAAACAAUCUUUGAACAAUGUGUGCCCAACUCUGUUCAUGAGGCUACUGUCCUGUCAGCUUUUGUGUGUUUAGAAACCUGUUGUGUUUGUGGUCCUGUUUUAGAACUGGAGUUCAGUGUUCCUUUAGUCAAACAUACAUUGAUGGAUAUCCUGUCUUGUAUGCGUGAGGCUGUGAGACUGGAAUAUAGAUAAUCCCGUUAACUAUAGCAACAUUCUGCAUUUCUCUAUUAACCUUUUUUCUUUUUCUCUUUGCACAGGAUGUGUCCGAUCUUCCAGAUCUCAAAUGUUACAGGGGAAAACCUGGAUCUUCUGAAGAUGUUUCUGAAUCUUCUUUCUCCUCGCAGCAGCUCACGAGAGGAGGAACCAGCUGAAUUUCAGAUUGACGAUACCUACUCUGUGCCGGUAUGCAUUUAAAAAAAAAUCAAAAAAAAAAAUCAUACAGACUACCACUAGAUCAAACCUGGUCCUAUAAACACCCAGAAAAAAAUAUUUAUUUUAUUAUAUUUUGCUGGGGAGGGGGUUAUUCAUUUUACUGUCCCAACAUGAGAUGUUCAGUCUGACUUACUUGAUGAAAGUUACCUCCAUAUCCUUAAGCUUGUUUGUUUUUCUCUCCCUGCAGGGUGUGGGCACAGUUGUUUCUGGAACAACGCUGAGAGGUCUAAUAAAGUUAAAUGACCUCCUGCUUCUAGGACCUGACCCACUUGGCAGCUUCACUUCCAUUGCAGUAAAGUCCAUUCACCGCAAACGAAUGCCAGUUAAGGAGGUUCGAGGUGGACAGACUGCAUCUUUUGCGUUGAAAAAGGUAAGGACAUUGUUAAACAUUAUAUUUAAUUAACCCUAAGCUAAAUAUUUAAGUGUUAAUGUUUAUUUUAUGCUUACUAUAUUGUCAUUUUAUCAUAGACUCUGCUGGUGAUAUAGAAGGCUUAAAAUUGGAAUUCUCUUUUUAUAAAGCUUGUUGUUUCCAUUAGAAGUUGUAUAAAUUGCAAAUGGAUCAUUUUAUUGUACAUUGGUACCUCUGUUUACAAAUUUAAUGCAUUCUCCGUGACCUUUGUAUUGCGAAAAAUUUAUAAACCGAAACGUGGUUUCCCAUAGGAAUACAUUGAAAACUAAUAAAUCCGUUCCGGAGAUCAGAAAAAAGUCAAAAUGAGCUGGCAUGGAAACCAACCCACAAUGCAGAACACACAGUAAAACGCAUACAAAAAACAAAGUUCAGCUCCCUACCUUUCCACCACUUGAGAAAUGCACCAAUAAGUUCCAAAACAGCUGCAAAAAUUUUCCAGAAUGGCUCCAUAACUCGAUGCAAAAACCGCUGCAACACCUCCACACUCUCAUGUGCACAGACUCCAGCACUCAUGCGUGCGGAGCUAUAAACCUCCCAGGCACAAUGCAUCCUGGGGAAACUUGCUUCGUAUUGCAAAACAAAUUCGUAAACCGAGGCAUUAUUUUCAAUGUAUUUUCAUUUGUAUACCUGAAAAUUAUGUUAACCGAGGCGUUUGUAAACCGAGGUACCACUGUAUAUUUUAUCAUAUUUGUAACUUUCAACUGGCUGCAUUUAUUACGUAAUACCCAUCAAUGCCUUCCAGUAUACAUUUUUGUGAAAGUUAUCCAAUAAUUCAGUCUACUUUGUAACUUUUAAUUUUAUCUUGUUUAUAUGAUUCUCUUCCCCCAGAUUAAACGCUCCUCUAUCAGAAAAGGAAUGGUAAUGGUUUCCCCACGACUUAACCCACAAGCUUCAUGGGAGUUUGAAGCAGAGAUUCUUGUGUUGCACCAUCCUACUACAAUCAGCCCUCGUUACCAGGCCAUGGGUAAUUAUUCUGCCUCUGUGUCUAGCUGUUAAAAGAUUCGGGGGCAGUAGUUCAUUGUAUUUAUGGGCAUUGUAAUGCAAAAUCAAAGAUUAGAACAAUAUCAACUGCAUAAAAUCAAAACCCAGGGAAACAUGUUGAUGCAUUUUUAUGUAGGGUUUUUUCAGUAUUUUGGUGCAAGAGUAAAAAAGUGUGCUAUUUAUUUUAUUACUUUUGCACGCAAGAGAAUUACAUAUAAUACACAAUUUCAAGAACAAAUGGACAAAGCUUCACAAAUUAGAUACUUUACAAAAUAAAGUGUUUUUGUAAGUUUUUUUUUUUUUUUUAAUGUAAUUAGAUCCUCCAAUAUCUUGAUGAAACUUUGUUUUUAAAAGCGAGAGAAUAUUAGAGGACAUAAUCUGUUAUAUCCGUGUGUUUAUAUAAUGAAACCCACUUAAAAAGGGAGGGGCAUGUUUAGUAAAGGUAAGAUCGAUUUAAGAUGUUACAUAGAGAACAGUAGCCUACAGAGCCAGAACAAGCAAAUCAAAAAAAACACACAUCUAAACAUUAUAACAAAAUGAGCCAUGAGAGAGAUCCGUAAUUUUUCAGCUGGGGCUCAUCCUUCCCAGAUGGAAUCCCUCCUGACACUAAUGGCUUACUCUAAUCAGUUGUCCUAUUUAGAACGUUUUUAUAGUUGGUAUAGACUCCACUCGCAGUUUCAGCAAACCGUUAAGAGCACGUGUGAUAGAUAGUUUAGAGAGAGAGUGGAUAUGUUUGUCGCUUUUUUUCCAGCAGUUGACGAGAGCCCCACUUGUAAGAAAUUUCAUGCACUCUAAGCAAUUGAAUGACAAGAUGGAAUGAUGCACAAAGUCUUUUAUGUAUGCUUUUGGUAGAUGGAACAUUAUCCGUUCGCACAGAAGGGCUGUUUGAGGAGUCUGGCACUUGAAAUAAGGCUUGUAGAUUGUCACUUAGGCUGUCAUCCUUCGAAGAUGCCAAGGAGUAGGCCUCUUUUGGCUCCAUCUUAGCAAGCAUGUACCUUUUGAGACUGCCGCAGGAAAUCUCCUGACAUGGUCGCAAUAUGCGCUUUUUAGAUCUCUUUCCCAUCCUGAACUGCUUAGAAGGAGCAGCAAUUGGGAUCAGUGAGAGAGAAAAAAUUGCAAUGGAAAAGUUUAAAAUAAACACAAAUAGUUUAUUGACUUUGUAAGGCUAACAGUCUGUGUUUGUAGCCAGCUGUGAUAUUCGGCAGCUUACAGAAGUAUACUUUUUGGUCUUCUCUUUCAUCUGUAUUAUGCCUUUAAAUUCCUAACCUGUUUCAUAGAAAUCUAAAACUAUACAAUAAAAAUGAAAAUGCCAUUGUCAGGGCACAAAAUCUCCACUAAUCAUUGAUGAAUGAAAAAUUCACCUGUGGUAAGUGCCAUGGACACAUGCUUAGGACUUUUAAGAAUUUUAAGUGUGUGUUUAUUAUAUAAUCCAUUUAUUUAUUUCAAAUGUUUUUUGUUUUUCUUUAGUUCAUUGUGGCAGUAUUAGACAAACUGCGACCAUCUUGAGCAUGAGUCGUGACUGUCUGCGUACUGGAGACAAAGCUACAGUUCACUUCCGUUUCAUCAAAACACCAGAGUAUUUGCACAUAGAUCAGAGGCUGGUGUUCAGAGAAGGCCGUACAAAAGCUGUGGGCACUAUAACAAAGGUAAGCGUUUCUGGAUCUGUGUUUUGGAUGAGUUUUGAAAGUAGUUUGCCUAUUUUGUUUUUCAUAAAAAAAUAUAUUUUUUAACUUCUUUAUGCUUUUUAAUUGAUACAAUUUUUACUGAAGUUUUGAGAAAUAGCUUAAAACAUUGUCUGUAACUAAUAAACAGAAACUCCUAUACCUACUAUAUCCUUUAAAUUAAGGUAGAUCGUGGUGGAACAAUUGUCAAUGUCAUUCAUUUGUUUUAGGGGGGUGGGGGAGUGGUGGGUGUGGAGGUUUCGUGUUGUUGAAGUUCUUGUUGCUGUUUAGGUGAUUAUAGUUUUUUUUUAUGAAUACUAUUCUAUUUUUUGUUUUCCAUAAGGAUAAAAUGUAAAAAGGAUUAAAAAAAAUUGAAAAAAAUCCCACCCCUUCCUCUUCUAUAAAAUCUAGAUAGGGGGAAUAACAAAUUUGCUUUUAAUCAAUUACUGUUUUGAACACUUUAUUUAUUUUUCUUGUACUACUGGUAGUAUUACUACCUAUUUUUAUUUAAUCACUAUAGUGGAACAUACUGAUCAUAUUGUGAACAAAUCUGGCUAUACCAUCCUGCUGCAUUUGUUUGGCCAUUGACCCGUUACCGCAGUUGGGACGUGUCAUUACAUCCGGAACGGCAUGGGAUUUUACCACGUUAUGGUAUAAAAAUGCUUGUACCAUGCUGACGUCUGAGAAAAGUGACUCCUUUGACAUAUAUGACAGCGACACAUUUACUGUGUCAGAUGUAGAGCACUAAGUGAGCCUUCUGGUGAUGGUGCUCCCAUCGGAACACCAUCUAUCAUGAGGCUCUCAGAACACUACACUGUGUGUCUGAGCGUAACUGGGCACCACCAAAUUUAAAGGGACACUAUAGUCACCAAAACCACUUUGUCUUAAUGAAGCAGUUUUGGUGUAUAGAUCAUGUCCCUGUUGUCUCACGGCUCAAUUCUGCCAUUUAGGAGUUAAAUCACUUUAUUUAUGAACCCUAGUCACACCUCCCUGCAUGUGACUUGCACAGCCUUCCUAAACACUUCCUGUAAAGAGUCAUCUAAAGUUAAUCCUUCCUUUUUUGCAAGUUCUGUUUAAUUUAGAUUUUCUUAUCCCCUGCUAUGUUAAUAGUUUGCUAGACCCUACAAGAGCCUCCUGUAUGUGGUUUAAAGUUCAAUUGACAGAGAAAAAGAUACAAUUGUUUAAGGGAAAUUACAUCUGAUUGAAAGUGAAACCAGUUUGUUUUUUUCAUUCAGACUGUGUCAAUCAGAGUCAGGGCUGCAUAAACAGAAACAAAGUGAUUUAACUCCCAAAUGGCAGUGAAUUGAGCAGUGUAAGCAUGAUCUAUACACUAAAACUGCUUCAUUAAGCUAAAGUUGUUUAGGUAACUAUAGUGUUCCUUUAAGUGACUCUGAAAUCCCCCCAAUCUCUGGCAUCACAACAAGAGUUGACAUUCGUGAGACAGAAAAUGAUUUUAAUCUGUUUAUGACAAAUGGCAUAAUUUGAGUUUAUUGCUGCACAAAUUAAUUUCGUAUUGUAGCCAAUAUCUUGCUGCCAAUCCCGAAUCUCACUACAGCAGGAGCAAAAUUCAGCACCCCACUGACCACACUGAAAUUAAGAUUUUGGACCCUGAUGCUGGUUAUGGGGAUUGUGUGAAUGUUCAGAAUUAGGAGUUACUGGCAUACACAUCCCAUCCUAGCUUCCCUUGGGAUUAUGAAGAGGAACAGGCAUUAACAGCUUCUUCGUAUCCUCUAUUUCAGUGCCCGCUUUGAACUGCACCCCAGUAGGACAGGCUACACAAUAUUAGGCUCUUAAUUGAGCACUUGUCAAAUUACAAAAAGUGUGUACAAUUUAAUAUGAAAGAGGUAAAUUAUGGUUUAACAAACCUAUAGCCUAAAUUCUAGGUUUUGUUUUGGUUCAGAGUUUAGACAAUUGCCUCCAUCCUUACGGGGUUAACUCUUGUUAAGGAAUGUGCAACAUCUCACAAGGUUCUUUUUUUAUCUCAUGUGAACUACUGUAAGCCUUAAUGGGCAAAUAUUAUUAUCCCUUUUUUGAGUAUUCUCUAUUGUUUUCUGAAAAUGCAUUGUGCUGCUUGGAUGUGGUGUGGGUGAGUGUCAGAUAUUCAGAUGGGUUUUUAGACAGUUUAUUUGUUUUCUACUCAUUUUUAUGCAGUUGUUACAAAGCACAAACAAUCAGCCAAUGAACUCUAAACCACAGCAAGUCAAGAUGCAGUCUACCAAAAAGAGCCCGCUUGGGAAGAAAGAAGAACAGAGCCCGGGAGCAGCCUUGGUGGAGGAGGCUUCUCCUACCACUUCUGUUGCAUCAACAGCAGGAGCUACUCCAGUGCAAGCACAGGUAAAACUAAAGAAAAUGUAUACACUUGCAGUUUAGCCUAUAAUGCUCAUUGUUCAGUAAAAACUACUUAUGUUUUAAAAUGUCUAGUGGUGUGUGUUUUGUGUGUGUUUUUUUUUUUUUUUCGCUCAUAUAUUGACUUAAAGCAACACAAUCUUUACCAACUUCUUUAUUUUUAUGGAAGGUUUUCAAACCUUUAAUCAAAAUAAGCCAAACAUGGUUACAAAGGAGUUCAUUGAGAGCGGCAUUGCAAUAUCCUUGUUACAAACUGAUGUACUUUUUCCUAUAGGGGUAUAAUGGGCAGGCACUUCCAUAGGCAAUGAAAGUGAAAUGCGCUCUCCUUUGAACACUUUAGGCACUCGGUAGAUAAACCCACUUUGGAUUACAAGGCCAUAUUCCUAUGGAGUAUUGUAAUGGUGACUGCAUGCCGAUAUUCAUUAGAUUACAUUGCUGUGUUUAUUACCUCUGGGGUGAAGAUCUGGGAAAUCCAUAGUCUAGGCUGCCAUCCCCUUGUUAUGUAUGUAGAGUGAAUGACUGUCAGAGAUGCCAGAGUCACCCUGUCAAUCAACUGAUUUCUUCUUGGACAAAUGCAAUACCUUUUCCUAUAUAUAUUUGCAUUUGUAUAGUGUAGUGGAUGCAAGUAAAGCUGGGCUAUGUCUUCAUUCAGAUUAUGAUAAGAGUAGUUUAUGAUUACUUUGUGUCCUGGAUGUGUAAAAUGUUUAUAGAUUUCCAUUGUUACAGAGCAUAUGGCAGGUCCUAGUAGGGCUAUCAUCGUGGGGAAACAAAUGGGUUUGGUAACAGGGAAGAAACACAGACGCAUAUGGUUGCAAUUGCAUGCACCUUUAUAAAGCGGAUUAGUUUUAAUGUCGAUUGAGAGUGAUCUGCUUGCAUGAUAUUGAAGGGCUACCAAGAGAUUGCCAUUGGGGAAUGAUGAUGCCACUUCAUGUUAGUAUGUACAUUCUUCACGGGGAAGAUAGUAUUACUUAGUCUUCUGUCACCAGCAUGGCAGAGUCCACAUUUUAUAAGGAAGAUCACAAGUCCUGCUUUAAACAAACUGGAUUUUUUUUUUUUUUUUUACUGGUUCUCAAAUCUUCUUAUCACUUCUCUGUUUCUCUUUCCUACAGUCCAAAACAGGAGGUGGAGGAAGGCGACGUGGAGGCCAGAGGCAUAAAGUGAAAUCUCAAGGAGCAUGUGUGGCUCCUGCAGGGGGCUGCUGAACUUUAGCUCUCAAUUCCUGUAUCCCUCUAAUGCCUCGUACCACCAGGUAGAGGAGUGGAAUCACACGCUCCCAGCCCUGCCUGUCUCCACUUCUUUGCCAUCUAUUAUCAUCGUGGCCAUCGAUCACCAUUUGUCUAGUUUUGCAUCCUACCUUGUUGAAGGAUGUGCUCACGAAUGAAACACCUACAGCAUGAAUUCCUCAAGGGUUGGUGCAGAACAUGAAGGAAUAAACACGUACCCCAUUUUGGAGGGUUAUUGUAAGGGGUUUAACUGUAUCUGUACCUAAUAGAGUAAUGAUGCACUCCUGUUUUCAAGCCAAACUGGAAAUGAUUGAUUUACCUAAUGCUUUCUGGCAUUUAACACCUAAAGAGGUUUGUUUUUAUUUUGAACACAUCCCCUUGUAAGUUUUUCUGCUCUCACAUAUCUGAAUGUUGUCUUUUAUGCUGAACCUCCAGAUGUGAUGUGGAAGAUUUGCCAUUUUGCUCUUUGGGAACACAAUGUUGGCCCUCAACAAUAUUCUACUCCCUUACUACAGUGCCCAUGGAGGUCCUUUCCUUGUGGUUCCUAAUGUUGAGUGAUGGCCCAGAUGAAUCAUGUAAAGUAAAUUUUAGGUUAAAAUUUCCAGUCUCCAAACAUUUCCAUUAUUUAAAACUGAUUUUACCAGGAUUUUUAUUUAAAUGAAGAAAAAUCUCUGAUUAAACAUGUAUGUAGAAAUUUAAAAUGUUCUGGUUGGACUGUUAUACAUCUUUCAUUUGCUGUUUUAAUUACAUUUCAAUCUUAUCCAAUGGUCUGGACAAUUUGUUUGUUUGUCUUUUGAGUAAAUUUUAUCCCACCCAUAAUCAGAAGUGCCUAAAAGUCUUGCCUUGAUUGGUAAGGUUAUUCUCCAACACCAAAUUUUACUCCAGUAAUUUUAAAGGGCAAAAUUGAAGGGGAAAUAGCCACACUGUAGCUAUAGCAUUGGAGACCACGUUAAAAAAAAAUAAAAUAAAAUAAAAAAAAUUUAAAUGGUUUAUUAACCCCUUAAGGACACAUGACAUGUGUGACAUGUCAUGAUUCCCUUUUAUUCUAGAAGUUUGGUCCUUAAGGGGUUAAAGGACCACUAUAGGCAUCCAGACCACUUCAGCUCAAUGAAGUGGUCUCGGUGCCAGGUCCAGCUAGGGUUAACCCUUUUUUCUAUAAGCAUGGCAGUUUCAAAGAAACUGCUAUGUUUAUAUUGGGGUUAAUCCAGCCUCUAGUGGCUGUCUCAUUGACAGCCGCUAGAGGCACUUGCAUGCUUCUCACUGUGAUUUUCACAGUGAGAAGACGCCAGCGUCCAUAAGAAAGCAUUGUGAAUGCUUUCCUAUGAGACUGGCUGAAUGCGCGCGCGCGUCUCUUGCCGCGGAUACACAUUCAGCCGAGGAAGAGGAGAGCUCCCCGCCCAGCGCUGGAGAAAGAGGUAAGUUUAACCCCUUCCUCACCCUAGAGCCCGGUGGGAGGGGGACCCUGAGGGUGGGGGCACCAGGAAAACGAGUAUGGUUUCCUGGCACUAUAGUGGUCCUCUAAGCCUCACUUUUUCUUUUUAGACUUGGGUCUCAAUUUAAUAAGCUUUCCAUAUGAUGUAUGUACAGAAGUCCCCAAGUAUUUAUGUGACUUUUUGAAGAUAAAUCAUUUGAUUUUCUAACUGUAUUGAAUCAUAUGGGAAAGCUUAUUAAAUCGAGUUCAUAUUUUGUAUAAUGUGUUUUGUGAAUAACCAAGAUAUUUUGCAGUUAGUGUGUGACACCAAAACCCUUUUUGUUUGUUUUUUUGUAUCUGCUACUGGUUCACCAUGAGUCAUUCUUUUGCAAAAUAAGUUUGUAUUCUAACGUCAUUGCCCCUCCACCUUUGGAAAAUUAUAUUCUUUUAAUCAAAACUUUCCUUACAUUGUUUAUAAGCCAAAGCAAGAAACAAAAUUGUACAAUAAUCAAAAUUAUAUUUUUUCCCCGCUUUCUUUGUACUGUAUGGCAUGCAUAAGAGGAGUGGUCUAGAGACCCUGUCUCCCAACUUUUCAUUGAUUUCCAAAGCUUGUAUGCUCUCAUGCUCCCGUCUUUAACUAUGCUGUCUUUCAGUUUGGAAGAGACCAUGAAUGUACUCCCAAAGCAAUUCACUUUUGCACUGUCAAAAAACAGCAAACAAUUCGAAGAUGUGAACUAGUGUCAGUAUGGAAAUAAUCCUGAGACCAGUCAUAUCACCUGGAAAAAUAUAUAUAGCGUAAUGCAGUGUAAUGAAAAAAUCUGGCUACCACGUCUAUAGU